ACGUACGCCGGCGGCCGGUCCGUCUGUCGUAUCCAUCCGCGUGUCCACACACGUCUCCGUGGCCGCGAUCGUCAGUUUAUCACCAGUCCGCGUCAACCAGCGGGCCUAGUGGCCGCCGUUACGCGAAGUUACACGUUUUUAUUUUUGACAUUUUUUCCGUCGCCGGCGCCGACGUCGAAUUCGAAUAUUGUCGUCCUCGUCGCCACCCCUCGACCCCCCACCAGCUGGUUUGCCGAGAACGCGACGCGACGUGUUCUUCCGAGUCCGUUUUAUGCAUUCGCUGUCGGGUUUCCCGCUCGGCGACCACUCAAACGUUGGCCGGCCCGUCACCGCGCUCGAGUCAUCCGACCGUCGCACUCGUUUCCGUCUCGGCCGUCACCGCUGCCAGCGGCUUGUGAUCUUCGUACAGUUUUUACGGGCACCGUUCCUCCCCCGCGACGCUCUGCGUGCCGUCUCGUCUGAAAAAAUAAUAUUUUAAUAUAAUAUUGUCGCCACCUCUCCCCGACCGCCAACCACGUACGGUUUCCGAUCAGUUCGUCUUAGCGUUUUCGAGCCUUGUGUGUACAUACGUGUCAUCAUCGCAGCACUUUCGUAUUCCGAUGAAAUGUGGUUUUUACUUUGAUAUCUACUCUUCGGUUGGUCACGAGGUCGUUGCAAGCGAUGCCGUAGCGGCGGUGCGGUGCCGGAAUGACAAACAGCCCUGGGGCCUACCAUGCCGCCGAAAACAACCGUAACAUCGGUCACGCAGCUGCGACGUCUACGUCGACGACAGCGCAGGGACGCCGCAGUCAGACAGACGCUUCUCACUACAUCAUGCCAGCGGACCCCCACAGUUGUUGUGAUCCCGCUCCGACCGUGCUUUCAGGAGCCGGCAUAUGCCUGAUAGUGUUGGGCUAUACGAUGUUCGGUGCUUUCACGUUCAUGACGUUGGAAAAUGGUGGCCGAGAUAGUGUGCAAUCAAUCCGAGGCGGUCAGCACCAGCAACCACAGCCCCAACCUCAGACCCAGCAACAGCAGCAACAACAACAGCAGCACAACCAGCCACAACAGCAUCAGCAACACCAACAGCAGCACCAUCAACAGCAACAGCCACAGUCGCAGUUUCUGCUAGCACGAAACGACAAGCUUAGAGCGCAGACUGUCGAAAAGCUGUGGAAGAUCACCGAAGAUCUGAACAUCCUUUACCGAGACAACUGGACCAGGCUUGCCGAAGAGGAGAUCCUCAAGUUCCAGGACUCGUUGAUCAGGAAAUACGGUGGUUCCAACCAGGUAGACCGAAGACACCGGUGGAAUUUUGCAUCGUCGUUCCUGUACUCAUUGACGUUGAUAACCACUAUCGGUUACGGUAGUGUGACGCCGCAGACGCCGUGGGGCAGGGUGAUCACGAUCGUGUACGCGCUGAUCGGCAUACCACUCAUGUUGCUGUAUCUGUCCACUAUGGGCGAGACGCUGGCGAAGAACUUCCGGCGAAUCUACUCGAGGAUGUGUUCACCCGGAAACCGGGAAGACAGGGACGACGGCGGUGGCGGGCGAGGCAGACAGGGCGGCGGCAAGCGAGCGCCGCCCAACACGGUGUCCAGCAAUCACGUGGGCGGCGGUGACUAUUACCGUCACCGGUACGAGUUCGAAACCGUUUCGGGUGCGGCCGCCUACGCGGACGCCGCGGCCAUAACGGCGUCUGGCGGCGGCGGCGGCGGCGCACAGAAACGCGUCCCCGUGCUGCUGUCGCUGUCCGUUGUCGCGGCGUACGUGGCGCUGGGCGCGUUCAUCUACCAAAAGCUCGAACGGUGGACGCUGCUGGAAGGCUCGUACUUCUGCUUCACAAGCUUGGGCACCAUCGGAUUCGGCGAGCUGGUGCCGGGCAGCAUCGAGUCCACCAAGGACGUGUCCGUGUUCGUGUCUUCCGGUUACAUACUGGUCGGCAUGGCCGUGGUAGCCAUGUGUUUCCAACUGCUACAGGACGAACUGGCCGCCAUGUCGCGCAACUGUCGGUGGUGCUGCUGUUGGUGGUGGAUGUGGUCACAGCAGCAGCACCAGCACCAGCAGCACCAGCACAAGGACAGCAACAUGGUCGUGUGCACCGUGGCCGGCGCUGUGGACGGCGGCGGCGGCUGCGACGACGACGACUGCGGUGGCGCUGUCUCUUCGGUGGCGCCCGCCCCGCACAACAACCGCGGACGACAGCCGUCUCAUCCGCACAAUCACAACAACGGCGUGACCGCCGGUUCCUGA